UUAAUCGUUUCAAAUGGACCCGGUCAAAGAAUAAAAGAUCCGCGGUGUAUCUGAAUCACGCCAGCGGCACCACCGGCCACGGGGUUUGAAGGGGGAAGAGGGUACAGUAACAUUCCUAGACAAGGGUUUCAAAACAAGCAGUUCCCAGACAGACCUCUUCAAGUUAUAGUCCAGUUAGAAAAGCGGUGAAAUUUCAUGAAUGAUGGCAAACUUGCUCUCGUAUCUGGUUUUUAUCUAUUUCAUUCAUAUGAUAAGCACAUUAUCAAUACCCGAUGAAAAUGUAGAAAGGGAUACUACUGACCCAAACAAGAGCGAAGUUGAUAAACUCAUGACACAGCAAACUGAAGCCAUAAAGAAAAUUGUAUCAGACACUCAACACAUCCAAUUGGAAUAUACCUCAACAGAAAAACCAAUAGCAUCAACCAGUGACAAUCAGAAAAACUACACAGAAAUUAAUUUAGAGGAUCUCCGAAUAAAAUGUCAACAUUUGGAGAGACUUUUCAGGGCGAAUAAUUCAAAAUUUGAAAGUGAUUCAUACACAAACACAAAACCUAUUGAAACUUCAACUACUGCAACAUAUAAAAAAAGAUUUCCGUUAACAUACCCUGUUUAUUUUCAAGGCAGAAAAGAUAAAAUUAAAUACUCUACACCAAAAAUUAAGGGAUUCUAUGUGACAACAACUCCCACUGAAACAGUAAGUUCGAGUACAACACCAAAAACCCCUAAAAAAGAACAACCCAAUGUUAAAUACAUCAAGUUAGAACCUGUUAUUCUUCAGAAAACAUUCUUGAGUAAUGGAAAAGUGGUUUAUUAUUGGCACAAAUCUCUACCUAGCUCCAUACAUUAUCAAAAUCCUCCAAAAGAUGUAGAAUCGAUUUCGAUAACGUCUACACCGGAACCAACGACAACUACCACAGCGUCGAGUUAUAGUUAUAGUUUCAGAAAUCUGUUUCCUUUUUAUUCAAUGGGUAACUCAGAUUCCUACCAAACGUCGACAUCUACAGAGCCUACAACUACCAGUACUACCACCACCACAACCACUACUACAACGACAGAGAGUACCAAAAUAAAUACAGAUUUUGAGGACUUGGCAACACAACUCAGAUUCGUAAUUCCAGUACCUUUUGUAGAUCCAGAAAAUGUCUCACGAAAUCCUUGGGAUUUCGACCAAUUCGCUUACUAUCCAAAACCUUUACAACCGACCAAAAUUAACUAUCAAGUACCUUAUGUACCUACUUUUCAUGUUAUAAAGGCAUUAGCAGUACCUAAUAAAUAUUUACCAAACUUGGAAAAUAAAAAUGUUAACGCUGAAGAUAAACCAAAAUUCUUCUGAAAAUGUAACUACAAUUUAAGAUUUAUU